AUGACACAGUCGUCUACUCCUGGUUCCAAGUCAUUUCCAGAGCCCAUAGCUGCCAAUCCUUCCACGCCGAGCCUCUACCGGUUUGGACCUAACCGACACCAACUUGGGCAGAACGCAUUCACCAGGAUUCGAACCCCUGAGCGGAGCUUCACUAUAAGCUGUCCCGCUGGUUCGUUCGCCAGAGCAGCAAAGGUUCCCGAGGCGGAGAGCGUGCGAUUCGAUCCGAGGUUCGAUAGCAAGCCAGUACUGGCUGUUGGGACUGAGGCUCGGUUGCGUGCGGAUGGAAGAGAGGAGGGAGAAAGUGAGGGAGGGGAAUCAGAGGAGAGCGAGAGUAGAGUGGGAAGGGAGGAGGUGGAUGGCAGAGGAGAGCGUACGAGACGUGGUAGGAGAGCAAGCGCUGUGGAGGGAAAGGUUGAGAGAGGCGGUUGGAAGCGUGGAGGGAGGGGAGGAUGCAAGGCGACAGAGGAGGAGGAGGAGGCUGUGGCAGUGAUUGCUGGAGUAUUGAAGGGAAAAUUCGGGCCUCAGAUUGUGAGAGAGGAAGGGGAGGAGGAGGGGUCUACAAACGGAAGUAUUACGGACGAGGAGGCGAAGGGUGCAGAAGGAGAGGAGAAGGUGGAUGGGAAUGCGGAAGCAGAGGGCGCGGAAUUUGAGGGAGAAGAGGAUGAGGAAGGGAACGAGGGGGAAGACGCAGCAGCAGAAGCAGAAGAAGAAGCGAGUGAUGAGGACGGACAACCUACCACAUCUCCUCCCACACCCCCUCCUCCACUCAACAGCCCUCGGGUCGUAUCUCCCUCCUCCCUCCUCUCCCUCUACCGCUUCUUCUCCUCCCACCUCGGCAUCACCUCCCCUUCCACUGUCGCUUCAGUCCUCGCCUCACGCCCUGCCCUCAUGCGUUCUGAUCCUGCCAGUGACCUGCUGCCACGUGUCCACCUCCUCCAGUCGUAUGGCGUAUCCCGCGCCGACAUGUCAGCCAUCACCAUGAACAAUGCUUCCUGGUUUCGAUGCUCCCUUGCCCAGGUUCGGGAAAUGCUUGACUUUCUCUUGGCUCGGGGCGUACGCCGGACCAAGCUAGGUAUGGUGCUCCGGAAGUCUCGUUAUCUCAUGACCAUGCGGCUUCGUUCAGCGAACCAGGACAUUCUGGUGGAGAGAGCAGGGGUUCCUGUGGACAAGCUGGGUGUGAUUAUAGAGAGGGGCCCGACUAUCCUAUGCUUGAGGGAGGAAACCAUACAACGUCGUCUCGAGCAGGUAUCAACGUUUUUUACUAACGGAUACGGAGAAGAAAGCAUCAACAGCGGCCACCUGAGGCAACACCUGAACCGGCAGCACAAGGAUGACCUGAGCAAAGUCCUGGUGUUUUUUCCAAAAAUCCUCCUCAGGCCUCCCGAGCGCAUUGCUACCAACCUCCGCCACCUCCAGUCCUUCACCCCCCCUAGCAGCCCUUCUGUUGCCAUACCUGUUCUCCGCCAGGCUCCCACUCUCUUGUCCCAGAGCUCACAGAAUAUCCUAUCUAAGCUCCAGUACUUAGAGAAGUUGGUGGGGAAGAAGGUAGCAGGGACUGUGUUGCGCAGCCAUGCGGCGGUUCUUAUUAUAUCUUUAGAGAACAUGCAAGGCAAGGUGGCGUUGUUGGGCGAUCUGAUUGGCCGAGAGAACGCUGUGCUUGCAGUGGCACGGUAUCCUUCGAUGCUGGCGUCUAAUGGGGAGAGCCUGAAGAGGGGUUUCAGCGAACUUGUGCGAGAAGUGGAAGAGGCUUUGGAGGGUGGUGAAGAUGAAGGGUAUGCACGAGAAAGCCCGUAUGUUGAAGAGCCUCAAAUUGAUGCAAAGGAUGCAAGAGAGCGUGCGGAGCAAGGGGGGAGAGGUGCAGAAGCAAGGGCAGGAGAAGGCCGAGGCUUUAAGAGAACUACUGGCGCCACGACAGCUCGUGAUAUGGUGGCAAAUAUGGUGGUUAAGUUCCCGACAUGUAUUUGCUACAGUUGGGAGAGGAACACGAGGCACAAGGUGGAAUACUUGAAGCAGGACAUGGGGCUGUCUAUAAUGGAGGUGCUUGCGUUCCCACAUUUCCUUAAUUACAAUUUGGAUCGGCGAAUCCGACCGCGACAUUUGGCGCUGCUGAGCAAUGGCUAUGUGUUGGUGCCACAUGAGGUAGCGCUGCCGAAGAAUGGUGGAGAAAGGAGAGAAGGGCGGUACUUGGAGGGAGUUGGCAGUGAUAGGAGUGGAGAAGGGAAGGAAGAGCAUAUGGAAUUGGAAUAUGGGGAGGAAGAUGGUGAGAUGGAUGAGUUGGGGGUUAGGAAGGUUGAGUAUCAAAGUGUAUUGGAUUCUAUGCAAGACCGCUAUGAUGUGUUGGGGAGAAAAGGUGCUGCGGGCCGGCGCGGCGUGAAUCAACAGCAGGGAUGGGAGGUGGCGUGCUUGACUCAGUUGCUUGGACGCACGGACAAGGAGUUUGAAAAGAGAUUCAAGGCGGAGAGCGCAAAUCCGCGAUUUGAUCCGAGCUUCGAUGGCAAGACAGUGCUGACGGUUGAGACCGACGCUCGGUUGCGUGCAGAUGGAAAAGAAAAGGGAGAAAGAGAGGGAGGAGAAUCAGAGGAGAGCGAGAGUAGAGUGGGAAGGGAGGAGGCGGAUUGCAGAGGAGAGCGUACGAGACGUGAUAGGAGAGCAAGGAAAGUGAAGGGAAAGGUUGAGGGAGACAGGAGGAAGCGUGGAGGGAGGGGAGGAUGCGAGGUAACAGAGGAGGAGAAAAAGGCAGUGGCGGUGAUUGCUGGAGUGUUGAGAGAGAAGUUCGGGCCUCAAAUAGUGAUAGAGGAGGAGGAGGAGGGGGGGGCAGCAAAUGGAAGGAUUACGGAUGAGGAGGAGGCUAAGGGACGACAAGAAGAGGAAGAGGUGGGGUAUGGGGAUGAGGAAAUAGAGGGCUCAGAAGUUGAGGAGGAAGAGGAUGAGGAAUGGAAGGAGGGGGAAGACGCAGAAGCAGAGGCAGGAGCGAGUGAUGAGGACGGAACACCCGCCACAUCUCCUCCCACGCCCCCUUCUCUACUCAAGAGGCGGCGGGCUGUUUCUCCCUCCUCCCUCCUCUCCCUCUACCGCUUCUUCUCCUCCCACCUCGGCAUCUCCUCCCCUUCCACUGUCGCUUCCCUCCUCGCCUCUUACCCUGCGCUCCUUCGGUCUGAUUCCACCAAUGACUUGCUGCCACGUGUCGAGCUUCUAGAGUCCCCCUCCAUUGCCAUCCGGGUUCUCCGCCAGGCCCCCUCUCUCGUCCACCUCAGCUCUCAGAAUAUCUUAGCUAAGCUCCAGUACUUCGAGGAACUGGUAGGGAAGAAGGCAGCCGCAUGUGUGGUGCGAAGCCAUCCAACGGUUCUUCUUCUAUCCAUAGAGAACAUGCAAGGCAAGGUGGCAUUGUUGGGCGAUCUGAUUGGCCGAGAGAACACUGUGCUUGCAGUUGCACGGUUUCCUGUGCUGCUGGCUUCUAAUGAGGAGAACAUUAAGAAGGGUUUUAGAGAGCUCGUGCGAGAGGUGGAAGAGGCAAUGGAGGAGAGUAGGGGAGAGGAGAGUGGGAGGCACUUGCUUGAGGAAGGUGCUAGGAAGCUUGUGCAUGAGGUGGGAGAGGCAUUGGAGGGUGGUGAAGGUGAUGGGGUUUCAAGAGAAAGCCCGGCUUUUGAAGCGUGUCAAAAGGAUGCUAGAGAACGUGCGGAGCAAGGGGGGAGCGAUGCUGGCUGUCAAUCAGGGGUCGAGGCCUGGGCUGAAGAAGAUUCAGAAGAAGGAUCAGGUUCUACGAGCAUUGCUGCCACAACAACAGCUUGUGAGCUCGUGGUGAAGCUGGUGGUUACGUUCCCGAAUUCUAUUUGCUACAGUUGGGAGAGGAACACGAGGCACAAGGUGGAAUACUUAAAGCGGGACAUGGGGCUCUCUAUAAAGGAGGUGCUUGCGUUCCCUCACUUCCUUGGGUACAGCUUGGAGCGGCGAAUCAGACCGCGACAUGUGGCACUGGUGAGCAGAGGCUUUGUGUUGGUGCCGCAUGAGGAAGCUUUGCCAAAAAAUGGUGCAGGGAGAUGGCACUUGGAAGGCAUUUCUAAUGGGAGGAGCGGGGCAGAAGGGAAGGGAGCAGCAGGGGAGGAUGUGGGUGGGAAAGAUGAGGUCGGGGUGAGGAAGCAUGAGGAUCGAACUGCUUUGGAAUAUGCACAAGACAGCUAUGCUGCGUUGGGAGGGGGAGGGGCUGUGGCUGUGAAUGCUUUAUCUCAGCGAGGUGAAGGUUGGCGGCAGGGAGGGAAGGCGGUGUGCUUGACUCAGUUUCUUGCGUGCACAGGCGAGGAGUUUGAGAAGAAAUUCCAAGUCGAGCUUGCUCCGUUCAUGCUGGAAGCUCAUCCCUAG